GAUCGUGCCCAGAGUCAGAGCGUUUUUGUUUCCAGUGUGACGUUAAUGAUACUUAAUUUGUCGAUUAAAAUAUCCGUGUACGUCUGGAUAGAGUGCAAAGUGUGCACGGUGUGCAGAAGUAAAGGAAGUGCUUUGUGAUCUGAUCGUGAUCUUCAGCAGGACAGCAGUGAUAGUGGAAAUCGUUCUUUGCGAUUCUGUGACAAGCUGUGGCGGGAAUUUUAUAAUUGACGUUUCAUUUUGAAGAUCGUUAAUGCGUGUUUGUGCCCGUGAUCAAGACAGGUGACUUAAACGAAGACACUCUAGUGAUUGAAAAUGACUUCGGCAUACGUGCAGCAGCAGCAGCAGUACAAUCAUUCUUCGAUGUACGGUGGCGGUGGAAUGAUGGGUUCCGGAGCAGGAGCUAUGUUGGACACCUCGUCCUACAACCAUUACAACGGAAUGUCUGCCAUGAGUAUGGGAGGUUCAGGGCUCUGCUAUGGCUAUGGAACGGACAGUGCAUCCUCAGAGGGCUAUCACAGCCCAGGGCCGGUGUCGAGUCCUGAAUCGUACUUCAACAACACAAGUCCCGCAGAAUACAGUCCAUCCAGUCCGUACACAAACUAUGGAUACUGCAGUGGAGGAGGCUCUGGAUCGGGUGUUCCCAGUAACUCCAGCACCAGUAAUCAAAACGCAUCCUGCGAAUCAUACUACAGCUACGCUAAUAACAGUUUCAAAACUGCCUGCCCAACCGUUCCUCGCUAUGGUAUGACGGAAACGAGCACUACUUCCGAUCGUCCCGUCCUGCUAAACAACUACCAGAAGCGUGAGGAAAGUACACAACCACUCACCUCGUCUCAAAGCCAUGCCCUCCAAUCUUCAGCUACUACUUGUGGUACUGCGAAACGGCCUGUUGCUGUCGCUCAGCAUCAUCCGAUCGCUGCGAGCUACUACAACCCGUACACCGUACCGAUCGCUCGCAAUCGAGCCAGCCCGACACACAGUUCCAGCAGCUCAGUCUCGCCCACUCCUUCGCAAUCCAGUGGACAAUCGGUGGUCGUGGUGCAGCCGGAAGUUGUGAAGAAGCGCCGACUGGCAGCGAAUGCACGGGAGCGCCGGAGAAUGAACAGUCUGAACGAUGCGUUCGAUCGCUUAAGAGAUGUGGUUCCUUCGCUGGGGAACGAUCGUAAGCUGUCCAAGUUUGAAACGCUUCAGAUGGCCCAGACGUACAUAGCGGCAUUGAAUGAGCUGCUUUCGCGGGAUUAA